UUAAAGGCAGCCAAAUACCAACACCAAAUUAUCAUUCUUCACCUUGCAAAAAAAAAAAUGGGUUCUAACAAGCCUUACAUUGUUGCAAUUUUCAUCCAAAUUACCUUUGCCGGAAUGAGCCUAAUGUCUAAGGCCGCCUUCGCCGCCGGUAUGAAUACUUAUAUCUUCCUCUUCUAUCGUCAAGCUGCUGGCACUCUCGUCUUAGUCCCACUCACUCUGAUCUUAAAAGGGAAGGAGAAGAGGCCAUUGUCUUUCAAGCAUCUCUGCCAAAUUUUUGUCAUUUCAUUGAUAGGGAUCACUCUUGCAUUGGAUGCUUAUGGAGUGGCCAUUAAUUACACGUCAGCAACUCUUGGUGCUGCAGCCUUCAAUUGCGUUCCUGUCACAACAUUCUUCUUUGCGGUUUUACUAAGGAUGGAGAAGGUGAAGUUAAAGAAAGCAGCAGGGAUAGCAAAGGUAGUGGGGAUAAUGAUAUGCAUGGCAGGUGCAGCCAUUCUUGCUUUCUACAAAGGCCCCUAUUUGAAGCCACUUUUCACACACCAACUUUUCCACCAUUAUCACCAAUCUCAAUCCCACCAUUCUUCUAAAUCCCAAAACACAUGGAUGAUUGGCUGUUUCUUCCUUCUCAUCACUAGUGUUUCUUGGGGCAUUUGGUUUGUUCUCCAGGCUAGAUUCUUGAAGGGGUACCCUCACCCAAUGGAGUUCAUGUGCAUGCAAACAGUAAUGAGUAUGGUUCAAAGCUUUGUUGUGGCCAUUGCAAUGGAAAGAGAUCCUUUGGACUGGAAAUUGGGUUGGAACAUUAGACUCUUUGCUGUCCUCUAUUGUGGCAUUUUAGUAAUUGGGAUUUCAAAUAAUGCCCAAUGUUGGGUAAUCAGAGAAAAAGGUCCAGUUUUCCAAGCCAUGACGACGCCAUUGAAUUUAAUCACAACAAUAAUUGGUUCCCAGUUACUCUUUUCCGAAGGAAUUUAUUUGGGAAGCAUUAUAGGUGCAUCCUUAUUGGUAAUGAGUCUUUACAGUGUUUUGUGGGGAAAAAAUAAAGAGCUUGUCACUCCUCCAAACAAUAAUCAACCAUGUCUGCCACAAAAGGAGACUCGAGAGUUGACAUGUCGUACUGAAGUCAACUCCUCAUUGGUCUAAAAUUAGAUUUCCUCUCAUUUGUUGGGCUGAAGCUUUAAAUGCUAUUAAUUAGGUUUCUCUUUUUCUCUUUUUUUUUCUUUUUUUAUUUGUAUUUUGGUUAUUAUAUGCAAUAAUUUGCACUUUAUCAAUUUCAAUUUAUAAAAUAUGAUGAAACACAAAGUCCACAUUUGUCACUGCUCCAAACAACAAAACAUUAUAGCACGUUUGUUAACGAUUUCAAUUUUUGUUUUAAACUUUUAGCAUUUUCUUUAAGAUAGUUUCCAUCCUAAAAAAAUAAAUAAGUACAUAGUCAAAUUCUAAAUUGUUGGAAAAAUACCUCUCACACUAUUACCUUAAGAAACAGUUGAAAAAUAAUUGAGAAAUUAAAAGAAAAUAGCAUAACUAAGUGUUGGGAGAAAAUUGGGAUAUUAUGAUAACGGAAUAAACUAGCAAACUUAUUACACAUCAACUAGAAACAAUACACUCAAUAUAUAAUAUUCAAACUCAAAUAUAAGCUAGAUGAUGUAAUAAGGCACUUAGAUAUGAAAAUAACCAAAUACUAGAAAAAAAACCUCAAAACCUUUGAAGAUUCAAAACAUAGUCAUGACACACUUUUGAUAAAGUGUUGUCAUGAAACACUACAAGAAAACACCCAUUUUCCACAAGGAUAUAAAAUAUAAUAUAUGCAACGAACAACUCUAAGAGUCAAAGUUUAGCUCACCAAAAGUAGUUUCCAACGGACGAAGACCAGCUGCAUUGAAGAUUGAAGGACGAACAGAUGAUGGACGAUGAACAAUGGACAACAGAUGAUGGAUGAACAGAUGAUGGACGACGAACAAUGGACAACAGAUGAUGGACGAACGGUGACAGACGAUAGACGAACGUCCACGGAUGACUGGUACGAUUUAGGCGACGGACGAAUGCCUUGUUCAACGAACAAUUGAAGGACAAACGGAUGAUUGAAGGACGAAUGGCGAUGGACAAUGGAGGAACGAACGGACGAUGGUCAAAAUCAGCUGGUUCGAUUUGGGGGUAUUUUUUUUGUUUUAGGGUUAAAAGAAAGGUAGAAAGCAAAUCUGAAAUUGGGGAUUCAAUUUGGGGGUUUUAAAUCGAAACUCCCGACGGACUAUUGUAACCUUCGGGAAUUCCUACACAACUCCCAACGAAUUUUUUAAUUUGUCAGGAGUUCAACUAGUCAAGAUUGGCCUUCGUUACCAACUCCCAAUGGGCAUGGUGAGGCGUCAAGAGUUUGAGCACUACAACGUCGGGAGUUAUUGAGCACUCCUGACGGCAUCCUUACAUAGUCAGGAGACAAUCUCUCUCCCAAUGAUGUAUUUUUCAGCAGUUGUUUUAGGCAUCAUGAGAGUCCCUUUUUCUUGUAGUGGAACUUGUCGUCGGGAGUUUGGUCGAGAUAUUUCCACCGGAGUACAACUCCUGACGCGGAAACACACACCAUCGGGAGUUUGGAACUCCCAACGCAUGUACACAUAUCGUCGAGAGUUCUAGCCAUUGGGAUUCAAUUUCAAAAAUUCAAAAUCUGAAGCUGCCGGGAGAUAUAGAAACUCUCGAUGUUUUUCGUCGGGAGAUAGUCAUUUUUUAAAAUUUUUAAUUUUUAAUUUUUUAAUUUAAUCUGAAUAAUCUAAAAUAUAUAACAUCAUUAGCAACUCAAAAUAUUUACAUAAGAAAGAAAACAAAUAAACAAAGUCGAUAGUAUUCUUUAUUACACAAAAAAAAGAAAAGUUGGCAAAAUGGUCUACAAAAGAAAUAUGUCUUCACAAAUACAUAGAAGAAAGAACUCUCAAUAACGUCUCCAACACAACAUCUCCAACACAACAUCUCAACAACAUUUUCAACAUCAUCUCCCAACAGCAUCCCACAAAACAAAUAAAAACCAUAAGGUGGAUCCUACAAAUCAUACAAAACAAAGAAAAUCCUAUAAUCCUA